CCGGCUCAGCCUGAUUUACGGCUCUGCUGAAAACCGUUCGCGCGGCUCCCGCAGCAUCAGCACCGGCAGCUGCUGAGGCAGCAACAAGUCGGGACUUUCAGAGUGAUGCAACAGACGACUUUUGAGGAAAGCCGGUACCGUUGGCAGGACUCGCUGGAGAAUGUGGCUGUGUGCCUGCCAUUCCGCUGCCCAAGGUGUGGAGACCAUACCAGAUUCAGAAGCUUGUCAUCCUUGAGGGCCCAUCUGGAGUUCAGUCACAGCUACGAGGAGCGGACCCUCCUGACAAAAUGCAGCCUCCUGCCGUCUCUCAAGGACACAGAGCUACUGAGGUCCUCGGAACUCCCGAAGCAGGGAAGACUGCUCCGGGGUCACGCCAAGGUGACCAAGCAGAAGCCAAGCUAUGUUAACUUGUACAGCAUCUCCCACGGGCACUCCAAGGACCCGAAACCCUUUGAGAUGGUGGCAGAGAGGCCCGUAUCCUAUGUGCAGACCUACACAGCCGUGGACAUCCGGGCUGACUCUCUGGAUGCUGCUCGGUCCAGCCCUGGACUCCCCACCCAAGACACCAAAGCCGCUUUCGAGGCUCACGUCCGAGAAAAGUUCAAUCGCAUGGUAGAGGCCGUGGACAGGACCAUCGAGAAGAGAAUCGACAAACUCACCAAAGAGUUGGCCCAGAAAACCGCCGAACUAUUGGAAGUCCGGGCAGCCUUUGUGCAGCUGACCCAGAAGAAACAAGAAGUUCAGAGGCGAGAACGCGCCUUGACCAAACAGGUGGAUGUGGCCGUGGAAAUGAUCGCAGUGCUGAAGCAGCGCUUGACGGAAUCCGAGGAGGAGCUCUUGAGGAAAGAGGAAGAGGUCGUCACAUUCAACCAUUUCCUGGAAGCGGCAGCCGAAAAGGAGGUCCAGGGGAAAGCGAGGCUCCAGGACUUUAUCGAGGACCUGCUGGAACGGGUCGAGUUGGCGGAGAAGCAGUUGGAGUACUAUCAAAGUCAGCAGGCCUCCGGGUUCAGCCGUGACACUAGCGAGCACAUGCUCACAGACAUCUCAUCGAACAGGAAGCCCAGAUGCCUAAGCCGAGGGCACCAGCACUCUGUUUGCCACCAUCCUGAGCUGAGGGCCCAUUUCCAUCUGAAGGGGAGAAGCCACCUGAAGAGAGCCAAGGAUGAGCGAACUGGCAUGCAGCCCACCAAGACCAUUCACGAACAGGCUGAGUCUCCCAGAGAAUUCUUCAGACCAGCCAAGAAAGGGGAGCACCUGGGCCUGAGCCGGAAAGGGAACUUCAGGCCCAAAACGGCUAAAAAGAAGCCGCCAGCAAUCGUGAAUAUCAUCUAAAGCUUGGGUGGCUCAGAAGCAUCGCCACAGGGCUUAUGCGCAGUGGUGUUCCAGGGGCCAACCGUGUUGCCCUUUUGGACGUGUGGCCAUAGGAAGACGUAGCAGAAAUGCAGAGGACACAACACACAGGGUCACUCUGAUUAACCAGAAUUUAACGCAGCGGGUUUUAGUAAGCCAAGACCUCCUUUAGGUGCGAGCAAGAGAAAUGACAAAAAUUAAAAAAUAAUGAAGUAAAACUUGAAGCGCUUGCAUUGUAUAGUUCUGGUAAACACAAACCUGUAACUUAAGUACCUGGCCAGUCUCCCACAGACCUGGCACCAGGGGUUCCUGUCCCCAGUGCCCAUUAGUUCAUGGGCCGCAUAAGAUGCCAGACUCUGGUGUCCACUGCUCUCUGAAUUCCUCUGAGGCAAGGAAUGUGACUGUGACGUUCUUCGACUUUAAAGAAAAAUAUUAUUUUUGCUGUUCUGAGACAGGGCCUCGCUAUGCUGUGUAGUAGCCCUGGCUGGCCUGGAGCUUCAUAUAUAUAUAUACCAGGCUAGCUUUGAACUUGUAGCAAUCCUCCUGCCUCUGCCUCCUGAGUGCUGGAAGUACAGGUGUGUGCCGCCACACCCAGCUGGGAGUGUAAAGUUCUCAUCGAGAGCAGUGAAAUAAAAGGCUUUUGUUGCUUGUUUGUGUGUAGAGCCCCUUUGGUACAUUUGAAAGACUCUAUGGUAAAAGUUUGUUUCCGUUACCGUCGAGUAUUCUGGUUAAUCAAGACUUUCAUCUCCAUGUGGGUAACAGGAUGUGUUCCGUUAGACCUCGGUUCUCUUUGCCAGGUGGCUUUUGGGGUUGUUUGAUUCACAUCUGGGUCCUUCGGAGAGCAUAUUUAUUCAGGUCUGGGUGCACCCCUCCUGCUUUCUUUGGCUAAGCACGCUGCACCCUCAAGAGCUGUCUGCCUGCCUCUGUAGAGAUAGCUGCUAGACCCCUGGCGUCAGCAGCGUCUUUGAUGCGGUGCCCAAGUGCUUGAUGUGCUAGAGGAGGGCACAUUCAGUGUACCCUGGCCGUCCUGGCCAUGCUGUGGGGAUGCCCAACGUCCUACUACCGCUUGCUUCUCUGGAAGUACCACCAGGUUGUUACAGGUCACCCGUGAGCAUGCUCCCUGCUAACUUCCGUUUCUACCCGGAAGCUCUCUUUGCCUCCUGUUGCUUCUAUGGCCGGUGUACACUUUUCCUCCCUGUCAGUCACACACCUGGGGUGUUCAUUGUGCAGUGCAUUCUGUUGUAAUUUCAGAUGAAGAAGAAUGCAUGUGAAAUAUGACCUG